AGUCUCGUUAUUGACUUCGCGCACUCCGGUCGCUGCCUCGGCUGCUGAGUUUUCCACACCAUUUCGGCCAUUUCUCGGCUGGAAAAUGCAAAUUACGAGCGAACGAAAGUGUUGUCGCCUACUGAAGAAUAGGAACGUGACCGAGUCAUUGGGAAAAUAAGCAGAAUUUGUACUUUGAUUGCGGGUCUUGUGAAGAAAGUUUUGUCUCUUCUAUUGCUCGGUUAAAUCAAGAGCGACAUUUAGUAAUUGCGGAUCUGCCAAGUGAAAAGUGAUUUUGUAUUCGAAUUUUUGUGUUAAGAAAAAGCCAAUGAAGUUAAUUAAUGAGCCGGUUCCAGUGCGAUGAUUGAAUGAUGGCCCCAGUGGAGCACGCCAUGCAAAUGCAACACCUUCGCCGGCCAUCUUACAGUGUGCCUAAUAUCUCAUGCCCAGUGCGAUUCGCUAACAUGUUGGGAAUUAACGUUCAUUGCGCCUAAACGGAUUGCAUUCACCGCUAAUUGCUCACAAAUUGCUAGCUCCUCCGCCGCCGAAAUAAACCAACAAAGAGAUCAAGUUAAAAACCAAUAAUAACCAGUCAGUGAAACAGUGAAAAUUUGCAUACGCAGCUGAGGCAUUCCGCUAGUGUUUAGCACGUCCCACCAGGAAGAAGGAGUAGGAGGAUGGUCACCUGCAAGGUGGACUCUCAGACCGCGGUCGCUGUGCCCAAAAUGAACUCGGUCCGGACCCGUGGAAAGCCCCCCGCCGCCGGCAGCAACAGCAAUAGCAACUCCUCCGGCUUUCGGCUCCUGGACGGCGACCAGCUCGAAAACAAUUCGAGUGUCAGCCGCAACUCGAUCUACAAACUGAAGAUCGAUCUCAUGUUUGACGAUUCCAGAUCCAUGCGAAGCAGCCGCCUUGACGAUCCCCGUGGAUCGCAUCGCACCCGCUCCAUCAUCAUGUAUGGGCGCAGUGAGUUGGCCAGCACCUCGGGCGACACGCCGCGCUCCCUGAGCAGCUUCCUGCAGGACAACCAGCAGGGAAUGGGUCAGGGUCAGGGGCAGACGGCCAAGGUGCUGGCCGAGGCGGCCAAGAAGGACGUGCAGCGGAUCAGCAACAGUGUGCAGGCCCAGAUCGAGCAGAUGUUCACGGACGUGGCCAAAGAUGCGACCAGCAGCUUCGAUGUCACCUGUCUAGGUUCGCUGCCACUGAAGGACAAGGUGACCAGUCUGCAGGGCCUGCAGGAGCCACUGCGUCAGCUGUACCUCAGUGAGGUGACCAAGAAGAAGCUCAACUCUGGAUCGCUGGAUAUCUGUGCCACCGGACUGAGAGUGAAGAUCAGCGCUCUGGCCAUCUCAAAUGGAGCGGCUGCUCCGGAGGAGAACGAGGCCCUCAUAACGCCCUUCCACAACAUUGCCGUGUGGUCGGCGGUGAAGUUCGUCAUAUCUGACGACGAUGGUGGUGCCGCCUUUCUGCCCCUGAUCACCGAUCCAGAAAAUAUCGACAAGACUGCCCUGUUCCAGCCACUCAGCUCCAGCGAGCAGCUGGCGGUGGAGCACAGCAUCCAUGUGCACGCGCCCAUUUUCGCGGUGGUAAUGCGGUCGGCCAGUUCACCCAAGGUGCUCGAGUGCCAUGGUUUCAUUUGCAAGAGCACCGAGGACGCCAUAGUGAUCGCGGCCACGCUCUACCAGAGUCUGAUGGCUCACGUAAGCAGCAGUUCCCGGCGGAGCACCCAGCGGAGGGCACCGCGUCAACAGAACGGAGUUAGUUGCAUCAGCAUCGCCAGCAGCUCGGCAUUGGCCAGCUCAAACUACCUGUCGCGGUCGCAGAUUGUGCCUAGUGCCUCUGGACGUCGCAGCUCCUUCCGGGGCAGUGCCAGUGGUGCUCCAUCCCGUUCUGGUCGAAAGAAGCGGGUGUCCAAUAGCUCUCUAAGCUCACACAGUAAUGUCAUCAACGAGACGGCAGAGUUGGAAACGUCGACGGAGGAGCGCAGGCGCAAAUCCCACAAGUCUAAGCGAGCUCCUCCGGUUCCCACAACCGUUCCUGGUUUGGGUAACCACAGAAGCGGCGGAGGAGGAGGGCCAUCGCGAAGUGGCAGCAUUGUAUGUGGCAAUGGUCAUGUGACCCGGCUGCAUCAAAGCGCUCAUCACGGCAAGAAGACUUCCGUGGGUUCGGAACUAUCUGCCACUGUCGACGUGGCACCCGCCAACGGGGACAUACUCACGCGUGUGGCCAUUCCCAGAUCCGGCAGCUUUCUCAACACCGGAGGACUGACACGCUACAAGUCGCGGGCGGCGAGACGCCAUUCCGGCAAGCUAGGCGGUGGAGGCGGCGGCGGAGGAGGGUUUGGUCUGGUUGAUUGGCAUCGCUUGAAUUGUGCUUCUAGUUCCCCACUUGGUUUCAGCGAACUGUUUAACGAAUUUCGCCUGCACGAGAACCUGCACUCGCUGGACGACAUCCUGUACGCCAUCAUCGACGCGGACGGCAUGUCCUUCAACGAUCUAAAGCCCAUCUACAAGGAGUUUCUGCUGAAGCUGGCUGUCACACUGACCCAGGAUGAGCUCUUCCAGCGUUCCAAGAACAUCAUGAGGCGCCAGAAGAAAAAGAAGCAGAAGCGCAAGGCUAGUGUUAAUGGAUCACAGAAGAAAGCAAAGACGAGUUUUUUCGGCACAAAGAGUUUGAAGAAGGUGCUCCAACUGGGCCAGUUUCGCUCGUGCCGCGGCAAGUUGGCAAAGCCGACGGUGAAGGAGUCCACGCUAGACAGCAAGGGCAAGCCCAGGAUCAGUUCGCCCAUCAUCAUUGGACCGCCCAUCAACCACAGCCACGCCCAGCAACAGCACCAGCGGAAUAGGGCGGCCACAAGCGGUUCCGAUGUCUCCGUGGUGCGGAACGAGCACACCCAAGGACUCAAUCGAAACAGCAGCAGCGGAUACGUGUCCUGUUCUGAGUGCAGCUAUGACUCCGAGUCCUGCGCCUGCGCCUCCGCCGAUCGCUGCUACUGCAGCCUACGAACGGAGCACCUGAACCACAAGUUGCGCCAGAAGAAUGAACGGACCAUGGCCCUGGCCUCACCCACGCGAAAGCCCUCGAACGGAGCUGUCCUGCCAACCAAUACAGCAGGAACUGCAGCCAACAACCGGCACUCGUUGAUAUCCUGCCGCUCGGACGACAAGUGUUACUGCUCCAUGGUGGAGGAGGAGCCGGCCAGCUCGAUGGAACGCGACUCGGCCAACAACACGCACACGGAAACCACUACAUCGUGUGACUCCGACAGCUGUGUGAGCGCCAGCAAAUGCUAUUGCAAGCGAACCCAUCGUCGCCAGCGAUCCGCGGCGGCGGCAGCCAUCAGCGAGGAUUCCCUGUCGCAACAGCAGCGCAAAUCCCGCCCAGGCAACGCAGGAGCUGGAGGGGCACGCAAGGGAAAGUCUGCGGAGAAGUUGGGCCUGGACUACGAGCUCUUUAGCAUCAGCGGAAGCGGUCAACCGGUGCAGCCGCACGAGGCACUGAGCGUGAAGAAGAGCGUGGAGGCGGCGGCGGUCUUUGCGGACAUGAAGCUCAGCCAGACGACUGACAUUAAAAGCCUGUGCCCACCGAAGGGUCCUGGAUCGAGGAUUGGCAAUGGUAGCUGUCGGUCGUACGCCUCUUCCAGAAGGUCCUCGUACCGCACCCGCGAAUCCUUUAGCACGGAUCGGUUGGGUGGAGGCCUCCCACCGCCGAUGCCUCUGGGCAGUGGCAUGGGUUUGGCGGGCGGAGGAAGUGCCGACAAUCUGCUGGCGAAUCUAAAGGCCAUGGAGGCCAAGGCCGCCUCCAUUCGUAGCACCGCCAGCAGGAGCCGCAUGGGCAGCUAUCAGUCGAUGCGGGCGGUCAGCGCCUCGCUAGAGGAUUCGCUGGGUUACUUGCCAUAGACCAGGAUGAGAGAUCCGACACUAGAAGCUGGUUCUGAUAAGAUUGUACAUAGUUCAUAAGCUUAUAUUUAAAGGAAAUAAUUUACUCCAUCGAACGGCUUAUGUUUCCCAAGGCGAUUUUCAAGCCUACCGUAUAAACGAUCAAUUAUCUUGGGAAACGUAAUCAUCAUUAGCUUUAAGUACCUCCUAUAGAAAAUUCAGUGAGACUUUAUCUCUAAGAUCGUAUCCGUAGAAAUCAAGGUGCAAUAUAAUGACCAAUCUUUUGGACAUUCAAGAGUUCCAAUUAUUUAAAGCAGUGCAAUAUUUUUAAAUACUAUUUUAAAUAAAAACAUAUAUACUCAACAAG